AUGAUAGAGAGAGACGACAUAGUAAUUUGGAGAAACCGGUACCUGGAGACUAUUCGUAAGUACCGUAACGAAGGGCGGACCAUCUAUUAUACAGACGAGACCUGGGUGAAUGCGGGAGAGUGUACAUCCAAAACGUGGGUCGACCAAACUGUCAAAAAUAGCAGGGACGCAUUCCUUAAAGGACUCUCAACAGGUGCAAAAAAUCCAACAGGAAAAGGCAAGCGAUUGAUCAUUGUGCAUAUUGGAUCGGAGCAAGGUUUUGUUCAUGGCGGUUUAUUGUCAUUCGAGUAA